CGGCGCAAACGUGUUCCCUUGUCUGACGUCGCCGAUCAGAAGCGAGAGCGGCGUGUUCCGGGUUCCGAGUCGCUCCGAGGAUGGUUCUACGGCGGCUGCUGGCGGCCCUGCUGCACAGCCCUCAGCUGGUGGAGCGUCUCUCCGAAUCGCGGCCUAUCCGGCGUGCGGCGCAGCUCACCGCCUUCGCACUGCUGCAGGUCCAGCUGCGUGGCCAGGACGCGGCCCGACGCAUUCGCGCCCUCGCGGCUGGGCCCGCGGGUUCCCUGGGUCGCCGCGCUGCGCGCUUCAAAGACACCUUCACUCAGGAGCUACGCCGCGGCCUCCGGGAACGCCCGCGGCCACCACCAGGUAGUCAGAAGGGCCCAGGAGCAAACCCCUAAACCCACGCUGUGCCGGGCCGAGGUGGCCUGUUAGACUUUCUGAGCUCCACACUGGCCUUGGCGCUAAGGAGUCAUCCUGGACACCAUGCACAGCUCCGAAUCCUAAGACCGUCCGCUUCCUCAGGUCCCACUCAUCAAAGGGCCCAGGCCAAACCGACAGCCCUGGUGAAGCCCUCUGUUUGGAUAGGACACAGUGUAUGAAGAAAGCACUGGAAGCCUGACAGAAAGAAAGACAGACUGCGCCCUGAUGUACCACGAGCAGAGAGCCAUGGACCAGAGUACAGCGGGAAAGACAAUCUGCCCUCAGCGAAGAGGACGAAAACGUAAAACGAUACUGCUGCCUCCUCACUGCUCUAGCAGGGCACCACUCCCAGGGGAGAUCCUGGAUGGAAGACAGUCCUGCAGUUGCCAAACUCCUCUGAUUAAAUAUGUGAGCUGAGUAA